AUGAUAAUUGUUCUCUCCGACUGGGUAGGUCCGGAACGCUUAGCAAAAUCUCUCGCCAUCAUGAUGGUCAAUCUCGGUCUCUUGUACGUACCUGCUCAGGCUGUCAUCGGUUAUCUGAACGACUUGACCGGCUCGUAUGUUUGGUCGAUGCGUUUAUGCGGCCUCUGGCUUCUGGUUGGCGGGCUCGUUUUUCUCUUGGAAUUCCCGAUUCGGCAGAUAUUUAGGCUCCGUAACGAGACUCAUCAGUCCCACCGUCGUCGGCAGCGUCAACAGCAUAAUAAUGGCAUGAGUUCUAUGAGGUCGCCCUGGUGUCAGCACUUCAACGGUGAUCAAAAUGCCAUCGAGGUGCCCGCCGCCUUGUUAACAAUCUCCUCAUCGCCUCAGCUCCCAAUGGUACCAUCCAUAGCUAAGGCGGGACUCUCUGACUCCACCAUUCCCUUUAUUUGUUCUCCAUUGGAGGAGGAGGGUGAAGCCCAAAGCUAA